GAGAAGUGAUUUCUCCUUGCAUGCAUGCUAGCAAUGUCCUGCCAUGAUCUCACAACAGAACUUAGAGCCAUAACCGGAAUCCACUGAGUGUUCCUGAGAGUAAAAAAUAAAAAGAGCUGCCCGGAUGACUGUAACCACAGGUACGAACUGCCUUCUAGACUCCUGACGGUGGUGCUGACGUUCAGCUAGAGCUUGGUGACUCUUACUGUAAAGAUCCGACGCCAGAUUUUGAGGAUUCACUGAAACAAUGUCCCUGAUCCAGCGCCUCCUGAUACUGAUCUUGGUGGAGUCCACCAUGGGAGCUCCCCAGGUCAUGAAAGUACCAGACAUAAGAGCAGACGCUAUGAAUGUUUUUAUGACUAUGGCAUGGCAAGUAGCCAACCAUAUAUACCCUAAUUCCAGCUGCUACGUCUGUGGCCUAAUGCCCUACACAGCUGGAGAAGGUUUACCUCUGAUGGCCUUACCUCCCUCUGACUGUGACACCUGCCACCUGAUGCAUAUUCCAUUAUCGCAGUCCUAUUCUCACCCUGAUUGUUCCAGCCUCUCCAAAAUGAGGCCACUUGACUGUUCUACAGGACAUGCAAACUGUUAUAAAUGUCUCAAAACCCCCAAACCUGUUCCCAUACAGCUCAUCCCUCAGAAGUUCCCUUGGUGUCUCCAGAAUGACGGCGAGACACCGGUAGGGCAAUCGGACUGCCUUCGUACAUUCAAAUGGGACCCAGAACUAACCAAUAUUGAAUUUAAAUCUCUAGAUUCUGCACCACACAACUGUUUGGAAGCAGCGGGCCAGGCUCGCUUCAGUGCUCUAGCUCACCGCACAGCUAGCUGCACCAUCUCCUCUCCUGUGGGAAUGUACUGGGUAUGUGGAAACCUGGCAUACCCAUAUCUUCCUGUGGAUUACAAUGGACGCUGCGGAUUGGCGUACAUCAUCCCGGCUAUGAGAGUGGCUCACUCCCUCCCCCAGAAGCCUCUUAAACGGGUACAACGUGGACUUUCAGAUACCUUUGGGACUCAUCAUCAAUCAAAUUUCAAAAAUGUACUUGGCCCCCUUCUUCCUUUUUAUGGAGUUAUGUCUGCGUUAGAUCAAAUCGCCGAUCUGUCUCAGGCAAUAGAAGUUAUAGCUAAUGAAACUGGUAAAGCUCUCAUGCUUCUGUCAAGUGAACUCGCCUCUGUUAGACUUGUAGCUUUACAAAACAGAGCAGCUUUGGAUUUUCUUUUAGCAGCGCGAGGAGGAACUUGUGCUGUUAUUGGUGCUGAAUGUUGUACCUUUGUGCCUGACAAUAAUGCUACGAUUGGUGAUAUAGUUAACCACCUUCAUAAUACUGCGAACUCUGUUCACCAGGAUAGUAGUUCUUUAUUUGAUUGGUUAAAAACUGCUUUUGGUACAGUAAGUUAUCACGUUGUUGAAGUGAUGAUUACUUUGGUUGUUUUCAUUGUAUUGAUGUCUCUCUUUAGUUCAUGUGUGAAAAAGUUCAUCUUCAAAAUAAGAUAAGUACAAACACCUUUUGAUCCUCCUAGACUGGCACCUUUGAAUGGAUAACAUGUUUCAGAAGUCUGUCAGAUUAAUUCUGUUUAGGGUCUCAGAAACCACAGUUGAAAAACAUAAACAAUAGACAGAUAAAUAAAAUGGAAUUUAAUUUGCUUUAUAUCUGUGAUUGGUGUUGACAGAACUUUUUGUGCCACACAACCCGUCUGUUAUUGCAGUUUUGUAACAAUUUGU